AUGUCGCGGACGAUGUUUUCCGAAUCGGCAGAUUUAAACUACAGCUUCAAUGUCAGUGACCAAGACCCGUUCACUUUCCUGGACGAGGAAUGGGACGAGACGCCAACAGAGACGCUUUCUCGAGCGGGAUUCAUAGUCCUGUCCGUGAUCCUAGGUUUAAUUAUGACUUUCGGGUUUCUAAAUAACUUCAUCGUAUUGAUCCUGUUCUGCAAGUUCAAGACACUUCGGACUCCAGUCAACAUGCUUUUACUUAACAUUAGCGUCAGUGACAUGUUGGUAUGCAUGUUCGGAACCACGCUAAGCUUCGCCUCCAGCAUCCGAGGACGGUGGCUUCUCGGGAGACAUGGUUGCAUGUGGUACGGCUUCGUCAAUUCAUGCUUUGGUAUUGUGUCUCUGAUUUCCCUGGUAGUCCUCUCCUACGACCGCUACAGCACGUUAACGGUGUAUAAUAAACGGGGUCCCGAUUACCGCAGGCCCCUGUUGGCCGUGGGGGGCUCCUGGCUCUACUCCCUGAUCUGGACAGUACCUCCUCUGCUGGGUUGGAGCAGUUAUGGCCUGGAGGGGGCCGGAACCAGCUGCUCCGUUUCAUGGACCGAACGGACGGCCCAGUCUCACGCUUACAUAAUCUGUUUGUUCAUCUUCUGCCUGGGCCUGCCCGUCCUGGUUAUGGUUUACUGUUAUGGAAGGCUGCUCUAUGCAGUCAAACAGGUGGGAAAGAUUCGUAGGACCGCGGCUCGGAAGAGAGAGUACCACGUGUUGUUCAUGGUCAUCACCACGGUGGUGUGUUACCUGCUCUGCUGGACCCCGUACGGGAUCGUUGCCAUGAUGGCCACGUUCGGCCGACCUGGUAUCAUCACCCCAGUGGCCAGCGUGGUUCCGUCUCUCCUCGCCAAGAGCAGCACCGUCAUCAACCCUCUAAUAUACAUCCUAAUGAACAAGCAAUUCUACAGGUGUUUUGUGAUUCUGUUUUGCUGCUGUAAGAAGAGGUCUACGGAGAAUGGUCACUCCUCCAUGCCUUCUAAGACCACCGUCAUUCAGCUCAACAGACGAGUGUACAGUAACACAGUGGCCUGCACUGCUCAGAUCUCCACGGGUAUACAGAACCACGGCUGUAGCACGCCCGCUACCGAGAGGACCAGUCCCCCAGAGAUCACACCCUGA